AGCCUGGGAGAGGACUGGCUUCAUGUCUUUGCGCAACCACUUCUAAAAGCCUUGGAACAAACCUUACCUAUUUAUUAUUAUUAUUGAGGUGUGAAAAGUCUUUUGCGGGGGUGAGCUGAAUGAGAACCUUUGCUGGAGCUGGCACACAGAGGAAGUCCUGAGGGGAGGGUAGACACUGGAGGGAAGGGCUUGGGACCUUCAUCAUGAGAGCUGGGUCCUUCUCCCUCUCUGCCUCUCACUAAGCUUAUGAUCUUUAGCAGUGAAAAUAAUCUUGAUAUUUAGCAGUGAAAAUAAUCUCUCUAAGGUGGGGAAAGGACACUGGUCCCUGCAGUGCUCAAUAAAUUAUGAGGAUCAAAAUAAAUUAUUAGUGAAUAUUAAUGGGAAAACUAAGAAAUUGUUAAAAUUCUCCAAUACAUUACAUUUUCAUCCACAGAAAAGUGUAGGCUAGGGAUCAUAGGGAAAUAGUUAACAAUGACAGGUAUAGUUCAAAUUAAAAAGAUGUUUGUGAGGCUGACAAAGAGGAAAUGGACACAGUUCCUGAUCCUGGAGGGUUCAUAGUCUAAUGGGGGAGGGUAGAAGAUGGCAGAUGACAGCUGGGUGUGGUGUCGCUUGCCUGUAGUCCCAGCUACUCAGAAGGCUAUGGUGGGAGGAUUGCUUGAGCCCAGGCAUUGGAGGCUGCAGUGAGCUAUAAUCCCGCCACUGCACUCCACCUGGGUGACAGAGUGAGGCCAAAAAAAAGAUUCAAGGCAGGGCACAGUCACUACCAUCAGGAAGGUUGAAACCAUGAGCUAGAUCAGGAGCUCUAAAACUUGACUACACACUGGAAUCACACCUAGGGAACUUUAAAAGGUACGAAGGUUUAGGUCCAACCUAGGUUUGCUGAUUUAACUGGUUUGGGCUGUGGCCUGAGAACAUGGAUAUUAAAACUCUCCAGGUGGUUCUAUGCAGUGGCUAGGUUUGAAGACCACUGGCUAAAUGUCCCAAAGACUAAGAGAUGUUUGCUGGGGACAAGGCAAUUCUCACAGUAGAAAGAGGCUUUCCGGACAGGAUUAUUAUUAUUGAGAAUUGAGAAUUCAUAUGCCACAUAAUUUAUCCUUUUAAAGUGUACAGCUCAGUGGCUUUUAGCAUAAUCGCAAGGUUGUGCCACCAUCACAGCUAUCUACAUGAAAAGAUUUUCUUCUUUUUUUUAGGCUAGUCAAGUGAAAUAGUGGGAGUGAGUAAGAAACAAAGACAUCCAUACUGGUUGUGAUCAAUUAGGUGUAAACACCAGUACACUCAGACCAGCCUAAGCGGGAAGAUUUUAAGGAUAUGGUGUGGUCUGAUGGGCUCCAGGCAGAGGUGACAGUGACCUGGAUUAGGGACAUGGCUUAGGCAGUGGCAUCCUGGUGGGAUAGGGUGAGGAGAUCCCAGAGCUCACUUUUACUGCAACCCUGAGGAGAUGUCACCAGAGAAAUGGGUGUGACAUUUCCCCAAACAGCAGGUUUUGGCAGCUGUGGUUUCCAUGGUAGAGUGGAAGCAUCCUGUGUGACAUUCAGCAGAUGUGGCGCUGUGCGUGGCUUGGAACACUCUGGUUACAACUGGGGCAGGCACCGUGUUUAGGAAGCUGGUGUAGUAACCUAGGCUGAAGGGAGGGAAAAGCCUAGACCAAGGCAGUGGCUGUGGGAUUGAAAUAGGGUUGGAGGAGCUGACUUUGACUCCUGGAGAUGAAGGGGAAGGAGGAAAUCAGAAGGGACCAAGGAUGGUGAUGCUCUAAAGAGAAACGGAGUAAUGUGGUGGGAGACAUGUAGAAAGUUCUUGUGGAUCUGUCACACUGGAGGGACUGUGGCCCCGGAGGUACAGAUGUCCUAAGGCAGGCUGGGAAAGGGAGUCUGGAGAGAGCUUGGUGUUAUAGUGAACCAUGGAGAGCCGCGACCUUGGCCCUGUGAUUAGCCAGGGACUGAAUAGAGAGGCGGCCCUGCGAGACCUCAGACACUUAGAGGAUAUUAUGGGGUGAAGGGGGACCUGGUUUCGAGUCGAAGGGAAGAGAAGGAGAUUCUAAAGCUGAAACGUCUAAGAGUUUGUCGUCUGAGCGGUUCUCCUGAGGCAGGUGCUGCUGAGAGGCAGAGGUGACUGAGAUCCGGAAACAAGUCUGCAAAUCUGGUCACUGCUCUCAUUGCCAGUAACGUUGUGCGCGGCUGAGGGAGUGUGUCGGGAGAAUAGCCGCGCGUUGUCUGUCCUGGAAGGAACAAGCCAAUGAGAGUCGGCCGGAUGGGGCGACCGGCGAAAGGGGCUUGGUGAGGCCCGCGCUCCUUAGGGUGGGGGUGCGGGGAUGGGUGGUGGCGAUGCAGAGAGGGCGGCAGGGCCCUGGCCAUGCUCCUCAGGUUGGAGCUGUACCCUCAGCUACUCACAGCAGGUCCCCGCUUUUGGCUGCGCUCCCAUUCGUCUGGGCCCCUGGUACCGCCGGCUACAGUUCCCCGAGUCUCAAGCCUCUAGAAAUUUCCGAGCGUGGCCCCGCCCUCUCCGCCAAGUAUGGACUAAGUGGUGCCGAAGUUGCCGCCUUCAUUUUCAUUGGAGGAGCGGUUGUUGCGCUUAAAUAUCAGCGCGGCCUUCUCCCCGGCUCCGCUCAGUCACAUGUGCUUCAGCAGCUGAGACGGUGGCGACGUCGGGCCAUGACGCUGGUUUGGGUCCUGCUGUUUCUGGCCGGCGUCUUCUCUUUUGCAGCCCCAGGAGCCGCCGCUGAGCCCCACAGUCUUGUUUAUAACCUCACAGUGCUGUCCUGGAAUGGAUCUGUGCAGUCAGGAUUUCUCGCUGAGGGACAUCUGGAUGGUCAGCUCUUCCUGCGCUGUGACAGGCAGAAAUGCCCAGCAGGGCCCCAGGGACAGUGGGAAGAAGCAGUCCUGAGAGCUGAGACCUCAAACACUGAGAUCGAGGACUUGAGAGAGAAUGAGAAGGACCUCAAGAUGACCCUGGCUCAUAAAAAGGGGCAGAAAGGAGCCUUGCAUUCCCUCCAGGAAAUUAGACUCUGUGAGAUCCAUGAAGACGGCAGCACUAGGGGCUUCCGGCAUUUCUACUCUGAUGGGAACCUCUUCCUCUCCCAAAACCUGGACACUCGGGAGUGGAACGUGUCGCAGUCCUCCAGAGUUCAGAUCCUGCCUAUAAACAUCACGAAGGUCUUGGAAGAAAAUGCAAAGAAAGCUGGCGCUGUGCUGGCAGACUGCCUGUGGAAACUACGGCGAUAUCUGGCAUCUGGGGCAGGAGUCAGGAGAACAGUGCCCCCCAUGGUGAAUGUCACCCGCCUCAAGGACUCAGAUGGCAACAUCAAUGUGACGUGCUGGGCUUCCGGCUUCUAUCCCCAGAAUAUCACACUGACAUGGCGUCAGGAUGGGGUAUCUUUGAGCCAGGACGCCCAGCACUCGGAGGGUGUCCUGCCUGAUGGGAAUGGAACCUACCAGACCUGGGUGACCAUCAGCAUUUGCCAAGGAGAGGAGCAGAAUUUCACCUGCUACAUGGAACACAGUGGGAAUCACAGCACUCACCCUGUGCCCCCUGGGAAGGUGCUGGUGCUUGAGAGUCAAUGGCCAGCCAAUCUAUAUGUUCUUGCUGCUGCUGCUCCUACUGCUGCUGCUGCUGUUAUUGGUAUUAUUCUUCGCUGGGUCCUUCAUUGCAGGAAGAAGAGAACAUCCUCUGCACAGCAUCCAGGUAAGGAGUGGCCAGCAGGGACGGCCGUGGCACCUACUCUGUCCCCAUCUCAGUGUCUCUGUCUCUCGGGCUCACUAGGGCGCGUCCAGGUGGGAGCUCGUGAGCCUGCAGGUCCUGGAUUGACACGUGGUUGGGACAGGAGACCACAGGGUUGCCACACAGCUGGGAUUUCAGCCUCUGAUGUCAGCUCCUGGGCCCACUGGCUCCACUGAGGGUGCUGAGACUCUGCAGCCAGGCGGCUGGGAUUCAGCUCCCUGCCUGGAUCUCACCAGCACUUUCCCGCUUGGUGCCUCAGUUCCCUGACCUAUGAAGCAGAGAACGUAAGAAUGGUGUCAUCUUCACCUCUGGAGAGAUCUCUGUCACUGUGUUCAGGGAAAGGACCAGCCUCACUCCCCAUGCAGAGAGGAAUCUCUGGCUGUGAUCCAGCCUGUGGAGAGUGAGGACCUCCUCCCUCUACAGUGAUGGCCAAGAACCUGCAGGUGACAGGGAAGCUUCCUCUCAGUGUGUCCUAUCAGGUUCUUCCAGGCAUCACGGAACAGACCCGGGACAUUUCCUCCAGUGACAUGGCCACACCCAGAAGUGAGGUGGCCCUGCCAGGGGCUCCUGGGGCUGCCACUUGUUUUGGAGCUCAGUGUCUGGAGAUGGGUGUGAGGAGUAGGCUUUGUGCAAAACAUAACUGUGACCCAUAAAUUAUUUUAUGCUUCUUCUUUUAAGAAGAAAUAAAUAAAAUAAAACAAGUACCAAAAAAGAAAA